CGAUUAGUGCGCGGAGCUGCGGCGGCGGAGCAGGGUGUGGAGUUGUGCGGUCCGGGGCCGGACGGCGAGGCGGCGGGGCGUUGGCAUCGGGGGCGCAGGCGCGCAGGGUCCGGCCGGCGACCGCGAGGGUGUGGAGAGGCGAGCCUGAGCGCGGGCCGCGGCCGCUCUGACCACGGAGCCCGGCCACCGCAGCGCCCGCAGUCGCGAGCGCGCCCAGGACCGAGCGCGAACGAGUGCGCGCGGGCGGGGCGCGCAGGCCCUGCCCGCCCCUUCCGUCCCCACCCCCCUCCGCCCCUUCCUUUCCCCACCUUCCUCUCCCCUCCUGCGCCCCCGCGCCGGGCGCCCACCCUGUCUUCCUGCGGGAGCGCGGUCCGCGGCGGCGGCCGGAGCGGGCCGGGCCGGGCCGGGGGAUGGCGCUGCUGGACCUGGCCUUGGAGGGAAUGGCCGUCUUCGGGUUCAUCCUCUUCUUGGUGCUGUGGCUGAUGCAUUUCAUGGCCAUCAUCUACACCCGAUUACACCUCAACAAGAAGGCAACAGACAAACAGCCAUACAGCAAGCUCCCAGGCGUGUCUCUUCUAAAGCCACUGAAAGGAGUAGAUCCUAACCUAAUCAACAACUUGGAGACCUUCUUCGAAUUGGAUUACCCCAAAUAUGAAGUCCUCCUUUGUGUACAAGAUCAUGAUGAUCCUGCCAUUGAUGUAUGUAAGAAGCUUCUUGGAAAAUAUCCAAAUGUUGAUGCUAGAUUGUUUAUUGGUGGCAAAAAAGUUGGCAUUAAUCCUAAAAUUAAUAAUUUAAUGCCAGGAUAUGAAGUUGCAAAGUAUGAUCUGAUAUGGAUUUGUGAUAGUGGAAUAAGAGUAAUUCCAGACACACUCACUGACAUGGUUAACCAAAUGACGGAGAAAGUAGGCCUGGUUCAUGGUCUGCCUUACGUGGCAGACAGACAGGGCUUUGCCGCCACAUUAGAACAGGUAUAUUUUGGGACUUCUCAUCCAAGGUCAUAUAUCUCUGCCAAUGUAACUGGCUUCAAAUGUGUGACGGGAAUGUCUUGUUUAAUGAGAAAGGAUGUGUUAGAUCAAGCAGGAGGGCUUAUAGCUUUUGCCCAGUACAUUGCUGAAGAUUACUUUAUGGCCAAGGCCAUAGCUGACCGAGGCUGGAGGUUUGCGAUGUCCACGCAGGUUGCAAUGCAAAACUCCGGCUCUUAUUCAAUUUCCCAGUUUCAGUCCAGAAUGAUCAGGUGGACCAAAUUGCGAAUUAACAUGCUUCCUGCUACAAUAAUUUGUGAGCCAAUUUCAGAAUGCUUUGUUGCCAGUUUAAUUAUCGGAUGGGCGGCCCACCAUGUAUUCAGAUGGGAUAUUAUGGUAUUUUUCAUGUGUCAUUGCCUGGCAUGGUUUAUAUUUGACUACAUUCAACUCAGGGGUGUCCAGGGUGGCACACUGUGUUUCUCAAAACUUGAUUAUGCAGUAGCCUGGUUCAUCCGUGAAUCCAUGACAAUAUACAUUUUUUUGUCGGCAUUAUGGGACCCUACCAUAAGCUGGAGAACUGGUCGCUACAGAUUGCGCUGUGGGGGCACGGCGGAGGAAAUUCUCGAUGUAUAACGACAGCUUUGUGACUGUACAUAAAGGAAAAAAGAGAAGUAUUAUAAAUUAUGUUUAUAUAAAUUCUUUUAAAGAUCUACCUUCCGUAGUUUUAUCACAUGUAUGUUUGAUAUCUGUUCUUUAAUUUAUUUUGCAUGGCAAUUGCAUCUGUGAAGAAAAAAAAAAAACCACAUCCGUAGUCUUGGCCAAAUGGUACACUUUAUUUUGUGGAAGUAGUGAAUCAAGAGAACUGGUUCUAGGAACCUGGCUUUGGUUUUUGUCGUUUAUUUUUUAAAAACAAAUAAAUAUAUAUAUAUGACUAUAUGAAUGCUCUGCAACAAACACUAUGACAGUAUCCUUCAGUAGAGAAAGUUUCUUAUUUGUGAGUACACUCUGGUAGAACAUUUACAGGACGGCAGCAGCUUUGCUUUGGGGUUUAGGGAAGACCAGAAAGUAAUCCCUUUACGUGUCUAAAAUGAAAGGUGUGCGGUGAACAGCCCACAGUGAGGUACUAACUAAGAAACUUUUUCAUGCUCUAUGCCUACCUCUUGUAGUUGUUGCAGAGCAAAUAUAAAUUGUAAUAAGGUAGCUAGGCCUUGCAAAAACAAAUGGGAAGACUUUAAAAAUAAUAAUAAUAAAAGAGCUGGAGUCUAGUAUUUAUAUGAAUCUGUGAGAGAGAUUUUUUUGGUCUCACUGCAAUGAACCAAAAGUGGCUGAGUUUGGUUUUUAAUUGUAGCCAUGUAUUGAAGGCAUCCUUUUGACCAACUCUUGUUGGUUCUGUCUUGAACCAUUGUUAAUCACUGUGCUGGUAAACCUUUCCUUCCCUGCUCCUCACCCGGCCCCACCCCAUCUUUCCCGAACUUUUUUUUUUCUGGGGGGUGGGGUGGGGGGGCUGGGGUGGUUUUGUUUUAGUGUGAGUGGAUGUUUUGAUAGUUGUGAGGAAAAAUGCAUUUCAGACACAUUUCACACAUGAGCUAUUUUCUUACACAGUAUGUCUUAUUGUUAAAAAGAAUGUAAUUUCAUGAUACAGGUAUUUAAUAUCUUUUUUAAGUAAGUGAAUAUUCUAGCCAUCAAAUAAAUUGCAGUAGAGUAUUAAGUGGGGACGGGAUGAGUUUUACUCUUAAAAUUAAUCAGUAUCAAACUAAGUCUACUGUGUGUGUGUUUUUUUUUUUUUAACUCUUACAGUUAGUCUAGUCUUAUUUAAAUUGGAUUUUUGUAUUCCAGUUUGUAUGACAGAAUAGACUAGAUCAGCGCUAGUUGUAAAUGCAUGCUGUCUUUUACUCUCCUCUCCCCAUCCUGUCGCUAAACUUGCUUGUCAGGUUGUGCUUAACUUGUGGUGAACUGGACUAGUUUUUGUUUUUUGUUUUUUGUUUUUUUUUUAAAUAGGCAAAAAUGUAAGGGACAGUGCAUAAGCCUUUUUUUUUUCCUUUUUUCUGUAGUGGAAUUUUUGCUUUUUCUUCAGGAUUGGAUGGCAUGUUGUCCUCAUGAACGCCUGCUGCAGGGCUGACGCUGGCAAUACGGCCACGUUAAAUUCUGAGUUUCUACAGUUUCUGUGUCCAAGCAUAAUGUGUAGCCUAUCAGCAAUAAUUACGUAUUUCUAGAAAAUGGACACAUUUUCACUACACUGAGCCAGUUCAUUUGUCUAAUGACUAACAUACAUGGUUUCCAUUGUAAUAUAUCUAUUAAUGUGUAUAUACUAUGUAUACACAUUAUGUAUAAGCUUUUCUCUGGGCCAAACUGCUUCAUUAAAAAAAAUUUUUUUUUUCUUUUUUUGCGCCUUAUGACGAAUUUGUUUGGAGGGCAUUUUCUUCAUGAACAAAGGCUUUGAUGCAUACUCCUUUCUAUGUGAAAUGGGUAGUAUUGUUCCCUGAGGAAAGUUGCACAGUGAAAACCAGUCUAGUUGUGACCCACUUUGUGUUUUGUUUUUUUUGUUUGUUUUUUAUCUCUAUUACACAAGUUGAAUUUUGCUGAAUAUGUUUGUAAUUUGUUGGUUUGUUUAAUGAAGUUUGGUUGAGGCCAUCUUUUGCACUGCUGAAAUGAAAUCUUGCUUAUUACUUAGCUUUUUGCUAAUCUCAGUAUGGGCAAUGUAACAACAAAUCCAAAUGGCUGGACAGACUUCUUGUGUUUUGUAAAUAUAAAAAAUGACUGUUCUGUAUGUGUGUUUUAUGUGAUAAAGUGAAGCUUCAGUCUUCACUUAGAGUGAUUCUUUGUUUAGCAAGUUUAGAGUGGUGAUAAUAUGGUAAAUACUAUAAAUGUUGAAGAAAGCAUCACAACAGAACUGUAGGAGUCCAAAUUUAAUAAACUGUUUAAAAAAAA